GCGCAUGAAUACAUUAGCUAUUGAAUUUUUCAGGUGGACUACUUUCUGGGGGCCAUUUCCUCUUAAUCACGAACUUCCUGUUAUUUCCAUCGGAAAUCCAGCUUCAUCGAGGAAUUUAGAGCAUCAAAAUGAGCGCACGGGAGGAAUUUGUAUAUAGAAGUAAAUUGGCUGAACAGGCCGAGCGAUAUGAAGAUAUGGUACAAUGGAUGCAGAAAGUGGCAGAAGAGGACACUGAGAUGACCGUAGAAGAACGUAACUUGCUUUCUGUUGCUUACAAAAAUGUAAUUGGAACAAAAAGAGCGUCAUGGAGAAUAAUAACAGGAAUUGAACAGAAAGAGGUUGAAAAAAAGAACGAAUCUGGAAAGCAAUUGGGAUACAUAGUGGAUUAUAGAAAAAAGAUUGAGGAUGAAUUGAAAGACACCUGCAAUAAAGUGUUGGCAGUUUUAAAAACAAUCUUAGCCAGGCAAGAUCCUUCUACGGCAGGAGAAUCGAAAGUGUUCUACUAUAAAAUGCGAGGAGAUUACUUCAGAUAUAUGGCCGAGAUCACAUCAGAUAAAGAACGCACAGAAGCUGCAGAAAAUGCCAUGCUGGCCUACAAGAAAUCUUCAGAAAUAUGCGAGGCUUCAUUACCCUACACCCAUCCUAUCAGAUUAGGUCUAGCACUUAAUUACUCUGUUUUCUACUACGAGAUACUCAACCGUCCAGAAGAAGCCUGCAAGAUUGCCAAACAAACCUUCGAUGAUGCCAUCAAAGAGUUGGACAAGCUCCCAGAAGAAAAUUAUAAAGACUCCACACUUAUCAUGCAACUUCUUCGGGACAAUCUCACACUAUGGAAAUCUGACACUAACAUGCUUGACAAUGAGGAAGGAGAGCAGCAGGAGGAACAAGUGGAGGACAUUGAGUAGAGGGAAUAACUAUUACCCACACGACUAUGAUAAACUUUAUCAUGGGACCAUCUCCUUACACUCUCCAUCCUUCUACUUCAGCAAAGUCUGCCUGGGAUAUAUUAGUUAUAUACUGGAACUGUAGAUCUGUUAAACUUGACUGAGGUUGAUACGUUGUGUUUUUUUGGAAGCCAAACAAAUUCAACACUUUAUUAAUAUGCUGAUUUAUAGUGAUUUUCCUUUAAAUACAAUGAAUAUGUAUGUGUCUUUCUGAAAUUCUUAUUAGCAAUAUGCGAGUUUGUUAUCUUUCAGAUGCUCUGAAUGUGACUAUUGGGGUAAUUUUGUUUGAAUGCUAUUGAAAUAUUUACUGAAAUAUUAAUUUGCCUUUCUCUAUUACUUUUUCCAAGAUACCAGAUAAUUUGCUGGUACUAUGAUCAAACAUUUGAAGUAAGACAUUGGUGUUAUACCUUAAAAUCCUGACAAUAAGUUUUGGCUGUGGUUAAUUUGGUUUAAAGGCUACAAUUACUUGUUUUUUAGACUAGCUUAUAUUCAAGAUCAGAUUUUUAGCUGCAGGUAGAGUCUCUGAAGUUACACGAAAAUUGAAAUAUUAAUCAUGCUAUUUUCUAAAAUAUUCAAAUGUCGAAUCACAAUACAUGGAUCAGUUGAAUAGUGAAUGACAGAAAUCUUAUAGUUUUAAAUACAAAUCAGAUUUUCAACUUGCUAAAACUUAAUAGCAUUAUUUUCUAUUUUCAACACUUUCUUAGAUUCAAGAUACAUUCCCUGCAAUGAAUUCAUGACUUAUAUUAGAGAUCAUCUUCCUUCUGGCUAAUUAUCAAGAUUUUAGGGUAUUUCCUUAUUGAUAUGUCAUAAAUGGGGAAACCCUUCAAGUCAAUAUCAGUAUUAUCUUGGUAAUAGUGAAAACGAGUCUUUGACUUGACAACAGGCAUAACGUGAUAGAAGUGAAAGACACAUUAUCAUAUUUUUAUUUAACUCAGAACAUUCUUUUCAUCAAUUACAGGUCAUUGUGCUUUCAUUACACAUUUAUGAGAUAAUCAAGGAUAGCAGUUUUGUAGUUUACAUACUAAAUAAUGCUGUAGGUGGUUACCAGUAAUAUUGAAAAUUAAUACCUAUUUUGAGGGAAAAAAAUUGAUAUAUUAAUGUUUUAAUAGUUUAAAAAAAAUCUGAUCAGGUUGUUGAGUGAGUCAAUUGUUGUGAGUAAAUUUUGUUUGUUUGCAAAAUGUAUCUUAAAUGUUAAUGAUAACUGAAUAGAUUUGUUUCCUUAAUAAACUAUUUGAUUUUUAUAAACUAUGCACCCACUAGACUAAUGCUGUAAGAAAAAAUGCUGACGUUAUCAAACUUUUGCGUAGUAUAUCAUUCUUCUUUACGAGCUAUUUAACUCGCAAUUUGUUUUUACUUUUCUACACAUCACAGUCCGGUAUGAUAAAAUAGAAAACUUCAACCGAUUUUGCCUAAGAAAUAGACCUAGAAAGUUGUAAGAAAGUGUUGAAAAAGUAUUAGAAACUCUCUGAGCCUUUUCACUUGCGUAAAACACAUAUGCAAUGCCAUUAUACUUUUUACAGACUAAAACUUAUAUAUUUCUGAAAUUAUAAGUAUCAAUUUUUUUAAACAGAAAUGUUUGGCUUAUUCUGAAUAAUAGAUAUAACAAUUUAAAAGAAUGGUUUUUUUAUUUUGAAAAUUAACCUCAGUUUCCAUAAUUAGGUCACAAAUUCAGCAACUGGAACAUUAUGAACAUCACAAAUAUUAACAAAAUUGGUUUAUGCAUAUUUACAAUAAAUAUCUUAAUUUUGACAAUACAAGUGAUUAAAAAAAAUUAUGUCAUUUUAUACAUAAGGUAAACUCUGUUGAAUAAAUUCCUUCAAAAAAAAAAAAAGAUUGUGAAUUCUUGAUUGUUCUGACUGAAUCAGGUUGUUGUUGUUGUUUUUGUAUCUGUGUUGUUUCUCUGUGUUGUUUCUCUGUGUUGUUAAUCAUGAUUUAUCACAUCCUCCAUAAUCCAGAAAAGCAGGAAUUAUGGUAGAAAAAUCCAUUGGGGUAUAUGAUGAUACUUUCCUUUUGGUUUCCAUGGCGAUCUAUUUCCAGUUGGUCUAAGUUUCUAAGGAAACAUAAGAAAGAAACAAAAAUCGAACCAAAUAGAGAACUUAAUUGUGAUAAUUUGAAUGUUUCAUAUGUACAGAUUUGUAAUGUUAAGAAGUUCACAGGUCUAUCAAAUACACUAUAAAGAAAGUUUAAAGCAAUUAAUUUCAAAUUUUGUUUGAAAUUGUAAAGAAAAAAAGUUUGGAAGAUAAGAGGCCAAGAAUAUGAAAUUAUUUACUUUCACUUUUAGCGAAAAUAAUUCAAGCUACAAUUGUUAUUUUAUACAAUUUCAGAAUUAUAUGAAAAUGUAAAUUUGCAUGCAUGGUUUAGAAUAAUUUUUGGUGUUUAUAUUUGUAAUUUAUAUUUUUCGUCUUUUUAAAAUUUUUGAUAGAUUGGUUAUUGUUUUAAAUCUGAAAUGAGACACAUUGUAGUCCUAGAGGGGCACUGAAAUGGUGUGAUAUGUACAAGGAUUACAGAAUGUUGUAGUCCAUGUUACUACGUGUUGAUGAAACAUAUUUUACAAAUGCCUCUUUAUGAAUAGCUGCAAAUGACUAUUACAUGCCGUUUAAUCAAAAACAUUUAUAGUACAAAGGAGAUAAAAUCUAUUAUCUGAGUUUGUUUAGUGGUAGUGAAAUUGUUUUCCGAAACAUUUUCGUUGCUUUGAUAAUGAUCCAGAAUGUCAUUUUUUGGCUAUGUAUAAUAUUCUAUAGUGUCGCUGUAUUACUACCCAUUUUGUUCUGGAAAAUUGGUUGAGAUAAAAAAAAGUAUUUCAAAGAACAUUCUGAAAAGAAAAACCAAAAAACCUGACUAGAUAGAAAACAGUCUUUCAUAAAAUUGUCUAGAUACAAAAAAGAAGGUAUACAAAGCUGUCAAGAUAGAAAUCUGUCUGGAUAGAAAGCAAUUGUACACAAAACUGGAUACAAAACAGCUAUACACAAAUCUGUCUGGAUACAAAACAUUGAAAACAGUCCUUCACAAAUAUGUCCGGAUAGAAAACAGUCGUUCACAAAACUGUCUCGAUAGAAAACGGCCGUGUACAAAACUGUCUGCAUAGAAAUCAGUUGUACAGAAAACUGUCUGCAUUGAAAAAAGUCAUGACUACUGAAAACUGUCUGGAUAGAAAACAUACAUACACAAAACUGUCUGGAUAGAAAACAGUCAUGACUACACAAAAUUGUCUGGAUAGAAAACAUUCGUACACAAAACUGUAAGGAUAGAAAACAGUCAUGAUUACAGAAAACUUUGGAUAGAAAACAUUCGUACACAAAACUGGAUAGAAAACAGUCGUACACAGAACUGUUUGGAAAGAAAACAAUCGUACACAAAACUGUCUGGAUAGAAAACUGGUCAUGACUACAGAAAACUGUCGAGAUAGAAAAACAUUCAUACACAGAACUGUCUGGAUAGAAAACAUACACAAAACUGUCUGGAUAGAAAACAGUCUUACACAAAACUGUCUGGUGAAUGAAUAAAUAUUGCAAGGCAAAACUGAGUCAAGAAGUUGAUCAAUUUUAUAGGCUCUUUGUCCACAAACUGAUUAUGUUUUGUAAAGUCAAGGUAAACAAUUUAUGAUCAAUAUUUAAAGGUCGGGGUUAUGAAAUCUGGAUGAUUUAUGUCAUCAAAAAGUCAUUACAAUUCUUUUUAUUUUGUUAAUUUAAUCAAUACAGUAUUUCAAAACACGCCUGGUUCCGUAACAAUGAUAUAGGCCUAUUUGGUAAAUUUUUGUAAAUGGAACUAGUUUCCUAACUUCCAUCAUAUCAGACGGCAAACUUUGCUGUCAUUGAGUUGCACAAAAUUACUUACUGCAAGUACUCUGUUAUUUUUUUGUACAGCUUUUAGCUAUUCUGAAUUAAGAAGGAAAAAACAAACAAAAGCAAAAAUUGUCA